AAGAAACAGGAUCUUAAACACAUGGGGCCAAUUUCAAGGGACCGAUUGCUUUUGGGUAGCCAGUGCAUGCCUGGGUGGGGUGGGUUCAUCGCGAACCCAGGUGAUGGCUGGGUUUGUCUUGGGUUUGCGAGGAACCCAGGCUCUUAGGUUUGUGACGAACCCUAGAUCUUGGGUUCCUCGCGAAGCCAAGAUCUAAUUUUCAGAAGGCAAAGUUGAAAAAAAAAAAAGAAAAAGGAAGGUCGGAGGAAGGAGAGGAUGAGACAAAAGAGGGAAGAAGAUAAGGGUAAAUUAAUAAUUAAAGUCUCA